AUGCUCAAACAACACAAAGAGCUUAGCAUGUUCGUGCGUCGCACCAUCGAAACCCAUGAGGAAGCUGGAAUCAGACCGAGCAAAACUUACCAAUCAUUUGUGGCAGCAGCUGGUAGCCACCGUGAACUAGGUUUUAUAGAAAAAGACGUAAGAAAUUACAUCACAAGAAAAGUACGAAAUAUUUCCAAAGAAGACGAUGCCAAAGAAUUUGGAAAGUACCUAGUUAGAAUGAAAGAAAAGAACCAAAAUUUCUUCUUUGAGCUCAACCUUGAAGGCGAUUACUGCAUUAAACAAGCAUUCUGGGCUGAUGCAAGAAGCAUGGCUACAUUUGAUUAUUUCAGAGACGUAGUUUCAUUUGACACCACCUAUAACACAAACAGGUACAAUUUGGUUUUAGAUUCUUUUGUUGGUGUGAAUCACCACGGCCAGUGGACACUUCUUGGAUGCGCGCUGAUGAAAAAUGAGGACAUCCAAUCAUUCAAAGGCUAUUUGAGUGUUGGUUACGUUGCAUGGGCGGGAAGGCACCAAAAGCAAGCAGAGAGAGAAUUCGAUGCUGCAGAUUUUCACACCGUGAUACCAUGUGCAACAAAAUCAGCAAUAAAGGCACAAUUUUAUCAUGUAUAUACCCAUGAGAAGUUCAAGGAUGUUCAAGCUCAAUUCAGAGGUGAACUGAACUGUAUCACAAGAUCAAUGCAUUCCACCCUAGGUUUCACAACAUAUGAAGUAAUAGAGCAGGUUUCCAACUCCACAUUCAAUAAGUUUGUCGUCACCUACGACGCAGUAUCACGAGAUGUAAAGUGCCAUUGCUUGUUGUUUGAGUCUAGGGGCAUAUUGUGCUGCCAUUCCCUAAGUGUCCUAAGCUUUAAGCGAGUGGAUAACGUGGCACCGAAAUACAUAUUGGAACAUUGGAGCAAGAACAUAAAGAGGAGGCAUACACACAUCAAGAGCAACCAAGAUGAACCUCUACUGGAGCCAAAAAGUAAGAGAUUUGACGAAUUGGUGUUUCGGUCACAUAAUAUAUGUGAAUUUACUUCUGAGUCUGAAAAGUUGACCAGAAUUUUGCACCGAGCAUUUGAUAAGGUCAUGGCGGAGAUGGAAGAAUAUCAAGGGAGAAGCAAAGGAAAAAGUUUGUUAACCCACGAAUAA